AUGGCAUCGAGUGCAUCAUCAUGUGUAGUUGAUGAUGAUUUCGAAUCACCAACCUGUUGGUGUGGCUUGAAAGCCCCAUUAAAGACAUCCCAAACUAACAAAAAUCCUGGAAGAAAAUAUUACGCAUGUCCGAAGUACAAGUACAACACGGGAGAAGCAAACUGCCAAUUCUUCAUAUGGGCAGAUAUAUUCCAGCUCUUAGAGUCCCAAAAGCGCACAAGAGAUAAUGCAGUUCGGAAAAGGAAGGAUGAUGUAUUGUUACGCGAGUAUGAAGUUGAGGAAAAAGAAGAUAAACUGAUUGAGAGAGAGCGUGUGCUUGACAAUCAAGAGGAGAAAAUUAUGCGCAUGGUCUUACAGUAUAGAUGUGCACGCAUAUCUUUGUGUAUGUAUUGGGUGAUCCCGAUUGUAAUAAUUUUUGGUUGGUUUGGACCAUAA